AUAGCAAGGCGAUCGGGGCGCGGCGAGGGUUGCUGCCUAGGCGCUUCCGGUUCCGGAUCGAGUCUGUCUUUGGGUGCGCCGGCCUGGCGAGUUUAGCAUUUUUGGCCUUCUGUGGGCGUCUUCUUGGGGGCUACAUGAGCCACUGUCAUCAUGCUCACAGACGCUGGAGCCAGAGUUGGGUCUAUUCUGGUCAUUCCUCCGCCAAGAAGAAAGGUGGAAACCACAUCCCGGAAAGGUGGAAAGACUAUCUCCCAGUUGGACAGCGGAUGCCUGGGACACGUUUCAUUGCUUUCAAAGUUCCUUUGAAAAAGAGUUUUGAAAAGAAACUUACUCCAGAAGAACGUUUUUCCCCCUUGGAUCUUUUUAACAAAAUCCAGGAACAGAAUGAAAAACUUGGACUGAUUAUUGAUUUAACAUAUACUCGCCGCUAUUAUAAACCAGAGGACUUACCAGAAACUAUUCGUUACUUAAAAAUUUAUACGGUUGGGCAUCAUGUACCUGAUGACAAGACUAUUUUUAAAUUCAAAUGUGCUGUUGAUGGGUUUUUGAAAGAAAAUAAAGAUAACGACAGACUGAUUGGUGUCCACUGUACCCAUGGCUUAAACAGGACUGGCUACCUCAUUUGCAGGUAUUUGAUUGAUGUAGAAGGCAUGAAGCCAGAUGAUGCAAUUGAAUUAUUCAAUAGGAGCCGUGGACAUUGCAUAGAAAGACAAAACUACAUUGAAGACCUUCAGAGUGGUCCCAUCAGAAAGAAUUGGGAUUCCAGUGUUGCCACAUCAAGUCUUGAAGACUCGGUGCAUAUUAUAGAACCAGUUCACACCACUGUUAAGUUUAACCAAGGACCAAGGUAUAACCUGCAUCAGACUCAAGGUUAUCUAAUACCUUCUGAGCAUCCCCAUACCCCGACCCAAGAUUUGCAGCAGCCAGUAAUAAAAUUUUCGCAGCAUCGGAACACUUACCAGAGAAGCCGUACUCCUCCUCCUGGUCCCCCCGGCGAGGACCAUUUCCAGAGGAGGUACUCUUGGAACGUAAAGCCAAAUACCAGUCACGCAACCCAGAACAAAAGGUGGUAUUCUAGCAGUUACCACAGACCAUCCUAUCCAAAGUACUGUGGAUGAACCGAGUGAGACAAAUCUACGCUGGAGACAGAGCAAGACUGAAGACAGCUGGAGUGACUUUUUAUAGGAUCAGGUCAAAUGACGUUUAUAAUCUAUUUUACUGCUCCUUUAUGUGUUCAAGCCUAGGGAAAAAUUAUAUUGGUACUUAACCUUUGCUGAUAAAUUUGCAGUAUUUACAACAGUAAAGGCAAUAAUCUGUCAUUGAGUCUUAAUUUUUUUUUAAAGGAAGAUAAGUAAAAGUAAUAAAGAAUUCCCCUUGUAAAUUA